AUAAAAAUGUGUGCGCACACCCCUGCCUGUCUGUUCUCUUGCUACCAGUCCUGCCCUGAUGAAUGUGUUCCUUCUGGAGGUGCACCACUCCCUAAGCCUGGCCUCUGAAAUGUACCAGGCCCUGACCCAGGCUCACACUGAGCUCUGCCAGCUCCACCGUGCCAGGGGGGUGACGGAGAGAGUCACUCUGGAACAGAGACUCCUACAGCGGGCUCUGCAGCACUGGCACUCCCUGGAUCCUCCCGGGGCCUACUAUAGCUCUCAAACUCAAAAGGAUUUGUUUUCAGAUGUUUUCAUGGAGGACCCCUCCCUGGUCCGAGCGGUGGGUGUCUCUCUGAUCAGGUCGGCUGAGGAGCAGGACAUGAAGCAGGGGAAGGAGAAACAGCUCUUUGCUGUGGAAACCUUCUCCAAGCUGCUGGAGUUAGUCACCAUCCGCCAUCGCCUUAUGGAGUCAGCAGCAGAGACUGCACAUCUGGCACAGUUAUACAAAACACAAGCUCUGGAGCUGGGCUUUGAUGAGUUCCACCUGUAUGUGCGCCCGGAGCAGUUUGAAUUUGCUGUCCAGAGAGACAAGGCAGCGCAUAGACCUCUGUUUGUUACGGCACUACUGCAGGACGACAGCUGGAUGGACAGGUACACUCCGUCUAAGUUUCCACUGAGCAUCCAGGAGCUUGAUGAGAACCAGAUCGGAAAAUUCAGCUUCUACUCUGAAGAGGCAGUAGUGCAUCUCAUGAAUAGGUCAGCCAUAGAGAACCUGCAGGUGACCCUGGCCUGUCAGGUGACUCAGAAGAACGCUCUGAUUGGUGCAGUGAAGCAGGCAUGUCUAUGUUAUUGGUCAGAGACUUUCACAGGCUCUCCAGAGGAGGUUCUUUGUUCUAGUGGCGAUGCAAACUCCUUAGCUAAGCAGAGUCCCAAAGUUCGUAAAGAUACAAGUGAACCAAAGAUAACUGGUGCAGGAACCAGGGAGAGGCUGACUGAGGCGUUUGUCUCCAUCCAGUUGGAGAAAGUGGGUCCACGAGAUGAGAUGUUGAACUCUUUCAUAAAGAGGAGACAGAUCAUGGGUGUUGUGAUGAUGAACCCUGAUGAAGUAGCAAAAAUCAAGAGGAGGCUGAUUAUUGAGUUCUGUCGAAAAUUCAGUUUGCGUAUGUCCCAGUGUUGUGUGAGAGGGCAGAUUAUAGGCCUGUACCACAGCCUGACCACCUUAUUGGACGAGCUGCCAGACAUCCGCCAGUCCCACUUCCUGAUUGGCCAGGACCAUGAGUUGAAAAGUGAUAUGGACUCAGGACUAGGUGUUCACCCUGACCCCAGGAAGUUCCAGCGGCGUCCCAGGCGCCUGCUGUCAGCUGACGGCAGAAUGUUCCUCAACCUGUGGUUCCUCCCCCACUACACUGAGGUUCUCCUCAUGUUCAGAACCCUGGAGGACUCGGCAUGUAGCCGGGCUCUUCACCAUAGUCUGGAGAUAGUGUCUGCCCUGCAUGACAUCAUCUAUUACCUGGUCAGUUUCGCCCGACUGGGGAACCCAGGAGUCUUCAGCUCCAAGAGAGGAGGAGGAGCAGGAGGGGGAGAGCUUACAGCUGACUGGGGCGGCACUGAAGGCAUCGGCGCGGAGCUGUGGGAGAUCCAGAAACAGGUUGACUCUCUUUGUGACCCUGGUAGCCCUGAGGCUGUGGGUCGCCUGCUGCAACUACGGAGACACGUGCUCUUCUUGCAGUACGACACCGCUGUGAGGCACCUCAUCAGAGAGGCGUUUCUCUCCUCUGGUAACAUCGUAGCCUAUCAGAGCGUGAGUGACAACAUGGGACACGCCCUCCCUGCGCUGAGUGACAGCGUCAGAACCAAUCACAGUUCUCUACUGUCUUUACCAGAGCCAAUGGAGCCUCACAGCCCCCGGGCUCAAAGGAUGUACCCAUGGAGAAGUUUUCUGGUGUGUCAUGGAUUGCACUCUGUAGACAUUUGGGGCAUCCCACCCAUUGAGUACUGCAUGCAGCUGUGUCUGAGUGGGCUGGGUGACCGCAGCAGGAUGGAGGCCAAUGGAGCGAUCCUGGGCGUGUCUCUACUAAUGGAGGAUGUCUUGAACAGCGGAGGGAGGGGGGCAGCACCGCUACGUCUCCAUGACAACAAGGCGGGGGACUCACGUGGAAAGCCCGAGGAAGAGGAUGGUAGCAGUAUGGAUGACAGUGUUGAUGAAGAAGAGAAGGGGAUCUCCUCUAGUCCCCUCCAGGACCCUCUCCAGGUGCUGUCUGUGUUGAAGGGGUUCCUGCUCCUAACCAAACAGCUGGAGGUGUUUAAGGAGAGCUGGGGAAGGCGACAGCUAGGGGUGGAACAGAUCAAUACCAUGAAGAUCCACAGGCACUUCUCAAGACUCUACAGAGCAGACAUCCAGUACCCAAGUAUGAGAGCCCUGGCUCAACAGAUGGGUAAAGAGAAGGACUUUGAGGCUCUGCUGUCUGACAGCCAGCCUCUACUGCCUCCUGCAGGAGCUUCCGAGGUUCACAUCAAGACAUUCCAAUUGCUCAGGCUGCUGGAGAGUACAGAGUGUGAUAUGAUCCGAGCGGUACAGAGGAGGAUCACAAGAGAGCUGACCCUGGUGAUUUCCGAGCGGGCACGCCAAGACACAGGCCUCCCCACAGAGUUGUGGAAGCAAGGCCCCAUGAAGCACAGUCUGUCCCCAGAGAGACCUCAGUUAGUGGAGAGCUUCACCCAGCAGCUAAUGGAGUGUGCUGAGCAGACGGAGGAGGGACAGCUGACCUUCCCCACGGCCCACCUCCAGCGGUGUCUGUCCACUCUGGGCCGUUCUGUGAUGGAGAGAGAGCGCAGCAGCUUCCUCCUCUACUCCCAGUUCUAUGAACAGAUCUUACGGCAGGAGAGCCAGCUGCUCUACCGCAGAGAACAGGAUGUGAAGGACCUUGAGGCGUCCCAGUCCCAGGCCAUCAACCCUUACAGCGAGGUCAGUGGGCUCUGUCGUGGGAUGAUGUUGCAGACCACAGCCCUGCGUACCCGGGUCACCCAAUUGGAGGAGGAACAGAGAGGUCUGGAGCAGCAGAUCAGCCUAAAAUACAGACAACGCUAUGACUCCCUGGUCCGACAACUUUUCUCCACCUGCAUUCAGCUGAAGGCCAGGCUUGAUGAGUACCACGUGCGAAUGGACCAGGAUGUUACUCAGCUGGUGAGCAAAGUGAGGAGAGAGGGAGUGGAUAACAUCAUCAAGCUGAAGAAAUUUGGCUCCACUAAAGGCAAUGAAGCUCUUCUUACGACACAGUCGGAGAAGCAGGAGCUCCAUGACCUGAGCAUGGAGAACAGUCUGCUGACUGGCCUGCUGUCUAAGGUGAAGGCACUGGGCCACUGGAGACAGGUGGUUGGACAGGGCAAGUUGCACCGUAGAUUGCUCCACAGCCAGCAGAGGGAGAUGUCCUGUCAGAGGGAGGCACUGAGAAUGAAGAUGAUGUCAGAGGAGGAAGUGAUCGUACUGAAGCAGGAACUGGAAGUCACUCAGCGGGCCAUGACACAGUGUCAGACGGAGUACAACCGCACCAAGAGACUGCUCACCAAACAGAGCACAGAGCUCCAUGAGGUGAGGCAUCACUCUGCUCAGGAAGUCCAGAGCAGACAGGAGCUGGACAGCUACCACCUGCAGAGCCUGGAGCAGCUGAGAGAGGGCGUGGGGGACAGAGACAGACAGCUCCAAGACCUCAGGACUCAGCUGGACAGGAGCAGCAGAGACAGACAGCUACUGAGACAACGCAGUGCCAAAGACAUCAGACAGGUGAAGGGCCAGCUUCAUCAGGAACGCAGUCUCAAACAGGAGGCUUUCCAGCGGGUGGACAAGCUGCAGAGCCAGGUGGAGGACGUUGAGACGGCUCUCUCCAGGUGUACCUCCACAGCAGGGCGACGCCAGACAUCCUGUUACACUUUCCCUCACAACAGAUCCAGCAUCAGAAAUCCAGAACACGCUGGCCCACAGCAGGACGAUAGCAAGAGGGAUUCUACCACCCAGCUGGAGAGACCCAAAACAGACCCGUCUCGCCUGCGUAUCCUCACCACGGAGGCCCUGCUACCAAACCUCACCGAUGGAGGCCCAACCUCCUCACACACCUUCAGCAGCUGAGACUCAACCAUCAGUAAAAAUGAAGCUGUUCUUGUAGAAAAAUGUCAACCAUGUUGUCGCAAGUAAUGAAAACAAACGUUUAUUGAUGAAAAUGAUCUAGAUGAUACACAGUAUGUGAAGGACCUUUAUACACCUGGGCCGGUAAAACAACAAAAACAUUGUAAAACAGUGGUAAGACACCUUGUUUAAAGCUAUAACUUGGUGUGAUCUCAUUGUUGCAGAUGCUACCAUACAAAUGUAGUAAGACAAACCAAAUAUAAAAGAGUUGAGACAGAACUACAUAGGCCCAGUGUAUCCAGGCUCAAUACACACACACACACCUUUAAAAAGGUUAUUGUAGAGGAAACAACCUUACAUUGUAUGGAUACAUCAGGUUAAGAAUGACUGUUAAUCUCUUCACUCACAUGCAGGGGGAUUUUUUGUGUGACUUGAGCAGAAACAUGGUUAGCCUGGUCUCAGAUCUGUUUAUGCUGUUUUGCCAACGCCUACAGUCAUUGGAAUUUAACCAUCUGACUUGGCUAAAAAGCACAAACUUAUCUGGGACCAGGCUAUAAUGUGGGGAUGAUCAAUAGGUUAAAUCAUAGCAUCCUCUGAACAGUCUAAUAUUUGUGGCAUGUUCAUCACAUUACAAACUACACCAGAUAAUAGAAGGAAAUUAAAAAAGUGUUGCGUGGAAGAAUACAAAAAGAGUUCUGACAAUACAAAUAAAAUAUCACAAAACACA